GCCCUCCUCAGAGUGAGGAUGAGGACAGCUUGGCCAGAAAUGGAACUCACGGAGCUUUCACCUGUGACUACAGUCACUUUCAACUAUGACUACUAUGAUGACAACUGCCAUUAUCAACAUCUGCAACAUAUGUCUACUUUCCUCCCUGUCUUGUACACUGCUGUGUUCCUGGUGGGCAUUGUUGGCAACUCGAUCCUGAUAGUAGCCUUGGUCUUCAAGCGAAGGGUCCAGAGGCUGAUAGACGUCUUUAUCAUCAACCUUGCUGCAUCUGACUUCAUCUUCCUCAUCACACUGCCAUUCUGGGUGGACAACGAGGCAUCGGAUGGGAACUGGAGGGUAGGAUCUUUCCUCUGUAAGGCCAGUUCCUAUGUGAUCUCAGUCAACAUGUACUCCAGCAUCCUCCUCCUCACUUGUAUGAGUGCUGACCGGUACCUUGCUAUCAUGCAUCCCUCUGUCGCUAGGCAAGUGAGAACAAGAUCCUAUUCCAUUGGACUCUGCAUCUGCAUCUGGUUAUUAUCCUUCUGCUUAGGGAUGCCAACCCUUUUGUCCAGAGAACUGAAGAAGCAAUAUGGAAAGACUUACUGCACAGACAAAACGGUGACAGAAACCAAACAGGUCAUGUCACUGAUGCUUUUAAUCCUGGCCUUCUUUUUCCCACUGUUAGGUAUCUUAACCUUUUACUGCUCCAUUACCAGAAGACUCUGUGUGCAUUAUCAGAGAGCUGGGAAACAUGAUAAGAAACUGAGAAAAUCCAUCAAGAUCGUCUUCAUUGUAGUGGCGGCUUUUGUUAUCUCUUGGGUUCCCUUCAAUCUUUUCAAGCUUAUGGCCAUCCUGUUGGGGCUCCUGAAGCAGUCUGAUUGUUUUACCGACAUGGUUGCCCAGCUCGGCAUGAAGGUGAGCAGCCCUUUUGCUUUUGCCAAUAGCUGUGCCAAUCCUUUCAUUUACUAUUGCUUUGACAACUACAUCCGCAGAGCCAUGCUUCGGUGCUUGUGCCCACGGGUGAAAACCAGCAUCAGCAACAGCAACUCUGAUACUCUGGACACUCGCCUGAGCCAGUCCUUAUCCAAUUUUGUUGCAGGGGAGUAUGCCACUAGGAAGAGGAAGCGCUCUGUGUCCUUCUGACUGGGAGGCAGGACUGAAGAGGAAGGAACUUUUCUUUCCAGUGAUGGCAGGAAAAGAAUAAAGUGAGAUAAACUGAAAAAAAGAAAUGAGUGACAGAGACAGAGGUGCAAGCAUAAUGCAGCCAGCAUUUCAAGUGCAAGGAAUGCUACUUGCCUUUCAACGCAGACAGAUGGAAUAGGAAAUCUUAACCACAGAAUUACAGUUCACAACGAUUGCUGUGUUACUGCAUGGUGUAGAUCUGAAACUCACACCGAGAAACAUCCACAAAUACUUACACUGGAAACCCAAAGUGCUACAAACUACAGAAAGGAAUCACGUGAUUCAGUAAAGCCGCUCUGAGGCAAACUUUGAACUUAAAUGUACAUAGGUUUUUAUUCUCCGCAGAGCAAGAAAAACAACACAACAGAAGUGUUUCUUCUCUUUGGCUCCUAGCUUGCCCACAAAUGUGUCACAAUGUCCUUAAAAUAACCUGAUUUGAUUCUGGUUUUAUGGAGGUUUUCUAACUUUAGAAAUGGAAUAUUUAAUGAAU